UUAAGUUCUAUACAAAUGAGGCCCGAUAAUUAACAUUAAAUAACAAAGAAAUGGGUUCUAUCGUUACAUGCAUUAUGAGGUCAACGCUAUUCAACACCCAUAUUCAGUCGAUACGUGUGUCUCGGAAAAGAUAAAGGAUAACAAAAGAUCCCAAUCAGACAGCCUUUCAUCUUGUCCAGAUUGAUGGCAACGGGGAAACUAAGAUUAAACUUCUUGAAAACGCUCCUACAAGUGAUGUGGCGCGGAGACUGAAGCCAGACAGCGUUAAAACAGAGGACAAAAGGCUGCUUAAAUUCGCUGUUUAUGAUCGCGAGACAAGACUGAUUGCACUGGAAACGAAAGGAUCUCUCCUGUAUGCCGAUGUCGAACAGACCACGGGUCGAUUUAUCGAGAGCGUUAUGAAACACAAGGUGAAGAUACGCAUACUGCAAGACAAACGUAACGUCUUUUCGUUGACGUUCGAAGCAGAGGUGGACCACCCGAACCGCCAAUGGCAAACUGAAAAUGAGAGAAGUGUUUCUCCACCUGAAGAGAAGAAGCAUGAACAGGACCUGUUUGCUAUGGAAGGCGAUAUUAUGGCUAUGGUAUUCCGAGGUAACGUUGACAUGUCUACAAAAGAAAAACUCGUGUUCAGUUUCCAUGGUUACAGAGGUGUAAGGCGCCAUUUUGAGAUCAAAGUCGCUAAUCCGAUGAGUCAGCGUUCCAUGCAGACCUAUCACGGCGCUCUUCAGUUGUUUGUGUAUGCCGAGAAACGCUACACGGCAUUUGACCGAUCACUGACGCCGAGCGUGAAGAACGGAUGGACGCUCCGGGCGGAGUUUCCGUUACUCAUACCGAAGUAUGAAAAGACUACUCCGGUGAUGGUCAACAGAGCUGCCGUUUCCAUACGCUUUCAAGAGCCCCUCACGGUCGCUUUUGUCCGCGCAAUGUGCAGCGAACUGUUGUCUGACUGGAAAAUGUUUGCACGUGCAUUAGGCAUCAGCAAUGCGCGUGUUCAAGCCAUCAAGCAGCAACAUCACAACGUGGUGUCGGAGAAGGUUCUAAUGGAUGUCAUCAUAACCUGGCUGAAGACACGAUCGAUAGCGCAAGAUAAGGUGACGCCAAUCAUCAAUGCCCUGCUUGAAUGUAACAAACAUAAACUAGCGUCUGAACUAGCGCACCGCAACAGCUGUUCCAAACAAGUCGAAUUGAGACGCACAACUGGCGAGUAUAAUAAUAAGUUCUAA